GCGGGCAUGUUGCAAAUGUGCCGGCGUCCCAAUAUUGUGGAGUGUCUGGGCUUGUACGCUAUCAACGGUCGGCAACACCUUGUCACCGAGCUUGCCGACACGGACCUGGGGAGCAUCCUCUUCUAUCACACCCGCUUGGGUGAAGACAGCGCGGCCACAAUGACGGAGCAGAUGCUAGUUGGUGGUCGUGAUCCAUGCUAUUGCAAGCUUGGGGACUUUGGAACCGCGAUGGGGCUGCCAUCCCCUAGCACCCGUCUCCAUCAGAGAGCCGGUGCUAGAGGGUAUUGUGCACCUGAGAUGAUCAACGGGUGCUACAGCAUACGCGCAGACAUGUGGAGCCUGGGCAUCGUGAUCUAUGAGGCCCUUCAUGGCCGUUUGCCAUGGUUCGGAAAACUGGACCCAUCUGAACUGGAGCACAAGAUACUCCGAGAGCCAAUUGUUUGGCGGCUGAAUGCCAAGCUGUCCAAGCAGGCGGUGCAGCUCCUGCAACACAUGUUGCAGAGGAAGCCGGGCCGACGCAUCAGCACCGGUGUCGCUCUAGCACACCC